AUGAUCCUGUCUGAUAUUGGACUACACGCCACGUCAACAGAUAAAGAUUCUACAUCUGAUGAAGCUCCCACAGAGAGUAUGAACAUCAUCUCUCCUGAUCAGCUCGAUGGAGCUCAGUAUGUAGGAGGAGGACCUUCAGACACCAGCAGCUCCAGCACAGAAACAGCAGAUGCUCCAGCAGCCAAUCAGGUGACAGCUCCUGAACCUGCUGCAGCUGCUACAAACAGCGUGGAGGACACAGACGAGGACAAAAGCUCAGAGUCCGAGGAGAGAGGGAGGAAAAAGUUCAGCUCACGCUUGGCCAAACCUCAGAGCCCCCCUAAACCACAACAGCCACCCCCCCACGUCCACCAGAGCCCCGCCCAUCUUCCCAUCAGCCCCGUCCGUGUCAUCCAAAGCCCCGCCCUCCCGUCUCAGCCAAUCAUUCCUCAGCCCAAAGCUCUGGUGAGGAAUCGAACAUCAAAGAGGAGAUCCAGGACCAACCGCCGCCAGAUUUAAUAUACAACACAGUAACACACACUCCUUUAACACACACAGUAACACACACACACAUACAACAUGCAUGUAGGCAAAUACCUGGGACAUUCCGCCUGCAUCACGUGUGUCAAACCUCCUGGUUUUCAUUUAGCCAACAUUUGGUGGACAGGUCGCAGUGACAUCACUUCCUGUGUGAGGCUCCAACUCGCUGACGUAGCUCCUCACAUCUCUCAUUGUCAGCAGAUACUUAUAAAGGUCAAAUUACAUUUAGAGUUUUCGUUUUUAUCCAGUGUCUCCCCAAUUUUUUAACACGACCCCUAAAAUAUCAGUGCCGUAGCUAAAAUAAAUGAUUUGUUUUGGUCCUUCACUGCUCCAGAUGAUGAGGUCACAUGUUUAUCAUUGAUGAGGUCAUCUGAGGUAAACUCCGUGAGGAUGCUCUGUCAGCUGACGUCGGCGGUAUGUCCCGGGUGUACGAACAUGUAAUCUAUUACAAAAGUGACACAGACAGAUUCACACAUGUUCACCUUCUACACCGAGCCAUCUGAUUGGUUCAACUAAUCUGUCGUCUGAUUGGUUGACCAGAUCGAUUACAGGGAUCCAGGAUCCAGGGGUUGUAUUCAAACUUUAUUAGUAGAGCAUGUUUAGACACCUUCAUAUCUCAAACAACAAAUGUGAAAUUGAAUU